UCGUUGCCGAUUGUUAAAGCUUCACGUGAACCCACCAAUUUCUGGGUGUGGCCAUGAUCAAAAAGGAUGACGACACGACCACACAGAGGUCGCCAAUGUCAACAUUGCAAGGAUAUGGCAGCUAGCAUGCGCUGGCGUAACAGCACAGCAUUGGAACAGAACAGCAAGGAGUCAAUGAUCUGACAAACACACCGUUGCUACAGUUAUCAUCAGCCAUUUUGGGUUCAAGACAAUGGUGCCAGUUAUUUCCAGGCUUCUACCGCUGCUCCUUUCUGCCUUGCUUCAGCGUCAUGUCGCUGCGUGGACGGAACCAAUUCCCAGGGUCGCUACUAUAGCAUCCUCAAAGUCCCAACUGCAAGCCGCCAAGUUCAAUCCUAAUGACGACACGGAAGAAAUUCAAACUCGUCGAGGUGCCCUGACUUUGAUGGCGAGUAGCGCUCUGCUCUGGAGCGGCGGAAUGGCCACCAAUGCCAAUGCGUAUGAAAAAACCUUCCCCGUGGAAUUGGACACACUGGAUGCCGAUCCUCGAACGCCUCGAGAACGAGCCUUGCAACAACAGAAACCCAAAGCGCCACUUGCCGACCCCAUUGAUUUGGGACUCGGUGCCGUGCUCUGGGGUGGAGCUCUUUGGCUAUUGACGGGAUCUCGAUCCAAUCCACUGGCCACACCCUUGGCCAAUGUCUUGUAUUCUCCCGACAAAGAAGAAUGGUUGCAAGAUCGCAAUGAAGGACUUUUUGCGGCAUUGCCAGCACCCCUCUUGGCAUUGUUGGGAAUCGUCUUUUGCGCUCUGGGAUUGGCAAUCCAUUUUGUGAUCAUUCAAUUGGCUGAUGGAUCCGUGAAUAUUAGUCUAGAACUGGCAGGAGUAUUAUUGAUUGGUGGUGGCUCUUUGGAACUUGGACGAAUUGCAAAUGGGGAAAAGAGACUGACGAGGGGUGACUUUGAUCGUGACACUCUGCUGGAACAGGAAUUCCAAGAAUUUGCCGAAAAGAGAUUGCAACUCGGUGGCAAUUGCCAUCGAAGCGAGGUUGUGCAAGCCUUUCGACGGUAUCAUGCUAAGUACCGACAAGCCGACAAUCCUGACUUUCCUUUGAAUGAUUUGGAAAUUGAACAAUUGUUGCGGCAAUGGAAUCGAAAGAAUGCUGGAGCCCAGACCAGUGCGGCAGGAUUCUAUACCGGCAUUCAAAUCAAUGCUGAAGCAGAUGUUUUUGUCUAGCAAUAGGGUUCCGCAGUACAGACCGACUCCGAGAGAACAAUCUAUAGUUAGAGAAAAGAGUGAAUGAUUGAGGCAGAACAAGGAGGAAGGCUGCCGAUCUAGCUGCUGCCAGUCUCCAACGACCUGUUUGGAGCCGGAGGCCGGUUUUCUUUUGCUGACGCAGCACUCAGCCAUGGCUCUGGCUCUCCGAUAAAAGUCAUAACGAUUAGUCUAUCAUGAGAACUCGGGUCGUACCAUGAGAAAGAAGGAAUCUCAGCUAUUGCUACAUGUGCUGUGGAAGGCACGCAACCCAACGUCUCACAAGCUAGCUAGAGUUUUACUAGGGAAACAGCUCCGCACACGGACCGAAAGACUUUUGCUGGUUUUGCAGAAAGAUAGAUAUAAAGGUGUUC